UGAUUAAUCUACAUUUAUCGACGGGUGCGACAUAUAGUUGUUUGCAAACGUAUUUUACACGUGGAACACAUUACAAUCAAUAAGCAAGUUUCAUUGAUAACAAGUGUCAAUAAUAAUUAUUAAAUGUUCGUACAUUGAGAACAAAAUGUUAGAAUCAACUAUUCACGCGCUAGCAAAUGGCAGAGUAAUUUUAGCUAGUGGAUCUCCAAGACGACAUGACAUAAUAAAACACUUGCGAAUUACUGCAGAAAUAGUACCAUCCUUGUACGAUGAAAAUCUUAAUAGAUCCAAAUAUGGGAAUCAUGGAGAAUAUGUUCAAGACAUAGCCAAAUACAAAGUGCUCGAGGUAUACGAACGUUUAACAGAUCCAGUACCUCUUUCAUUGAUAAUAGGAGCAGAUACAAUGGUUACGAUGGGUGAUGUUAUUUAUGGGAAACCACAGAGCGAAACAGAAGCUUUUCAAAUGUUGUCUAGCCUAGCGAAUAAGCAACACAUUGUUUACACUGGCGUGUGUUUGAAAACACCAAAAGUUGAACUCAAGUUUUAUGAAGCUGCAAAAGUAAAUUUUGGAGAUGUGUCUGAGAGACAAAUAAGAGAGUAUAAAACAGGUGAUCCCAUGGAUAAAGCAGGAGGGUAUGGCCUUCAGGGUAUAGGAGGCUGUUUAAUCGAGAAAAUAGAUGGUGAUUAUUAUACUAUAGUUGGUUUACCAGUAUAUGCAUUGGCUAAACAUCUAAACCGAAUAUUUUCUAAUAUCUAACAAGAAUAUUAUAUUGAACUCGCUAGUACCUGCAAUGCAGUUAUUGUACCAAAUCAUUGCUACGUUCCUAAUAAAUUUUACAUUAAUAGCUUUGUAAA